GACCGGAUUGGACAACAGGAUGUGAGUUGAGCUGUUUUGGGGUGAGGCUUUGCUUGCGUUUACAGGCAUCAACAUUUCUGCACGUCUGCGUGGUUACGCAGCGCUCCAAACACUCGGGAUAAACCCUGAGCAGCACGUUUAACCUACAGCACCAAUUUCUAAAUUUGAGAAAAUACCCGCACCAGCCGCUGUACGGCAGCAUUUCAACGCAUGCACCCGUCUCAUGUGUGUUUCACUCGGUGAUGUGGUGUGUAGUGGGGAAAGUUGUGGACAUGUUUUCCUGGAAGUGCAAGGGUUUGCGGAUCCAGUGUGCAACAUUGUAACUACGGCGUUAAGAAGCGUCCUGCUGGCCUGCCGGGACUUUGGAGCGUCUUUCCGUGCUGCUGUCAAACCGCCUGAUCGCCAUAUUGUGCAUAGUGAAACUCGAUGGAAACUUGUCAGAGUUGUGACAUUUGCUGCGCACAAACCCGCUAUGAAGCUGCGUGCAGUCGACUUUGAUCGAAACCAAAGUGACUCCAUGGGGCUGAUCAGGGGGUCGUCUGUGCACCAUUGAUCAGGUCUAGCUUCCUGAAGAUGUUGAGAAGAUUGGACAGCAGACCUCAGAUUUAAUUGAAGAAAGACGGCUGCAUGUUCCCCACCCUGCACUUUCCUUUGGGAUUUUAUGUUUCCUCCCAGAUACCUCUGUAUACACAAUUAAAGAAUUUCACGACCGCGGGCAGCGGUAGCACACUAAAGAGGCAUAUACCAAGUUUUGCACGCUCACAGAUUCAGACAAAAAACAUUUUCUAAUCUUAGGAGACUGUUAGGAGACUGCUAUGAGUCUCCCUUCUCAGGUUAACACUGACAAGAGCAAGCAUCGGACUCCAGCCAUGAAAGAAGGAGUGCAGCACACGGGGGAGGUUUAUUAUGGUAUGGGACCUCCUGCUUUAAAAGCAAGCCACGGUGACUCUGCAAGCAGCUCUGGUGUUUAUAACCCAGAGAAAGGGCACCAAAGUUUGCCACACUAUCAGCAGGCUUCUUCUGUAAAAUGGAUGCAGGACUCUUUACAGGCACCGGGGUGGACCCAGGAAGCUCCAGUGCCAGCCUGGGGCCAGAAUUUUGGCCCGUAUGUGAGUGGUGUGAACGUCAGGGAUCAGAUGGCCUUCCAUAAAGGAGUUCAUGAGGGGGUAGCUAUGCCGAUGGGAGCUGAAAACCAGCUUUCAGCACCUGUGGAAGUUUACAGAGAUGCCGCCCAGGCUCAAACUCAGGGAAGGGGGCUCGAAUGGGAGCAGCACACCACUGCUGCUGUAAUGCAUCAGGCCCAGCUACAAGCUUAUCAGCAUGGCCACAAAGGUGUGGAUCUCCAGGGCCAGCCCCAUGUGCCAGCCCACACCAUGCAGGGGCCCAUUUUGCAACCUUUCCAGGCCUCGUUCAGACCCAACAAGCCGCAGUUUUCAUCCGGUUAUUACUCAGUUUUCCCAGCGAACAAGGGAAUGAUCUACGGAGAGCAGCCUAAAACUCAGCAGCAGCUUCUGCAUCAGAUGCAGCAGCAACAAAUGCAUCAUCACCACCAACAACAACAACAGCAGCAACACAUGCACCAGCAGCAUCAUCUUCAGCUGCAGCAGCAGCAUUUGCAGCAACAACAGCAACACCAAAUGCAGCAGCACCAAAUCCAGCAGCAGCAGAUGCAGCAAAUACAGCAACAGUAUCACCAGCAACAGCUGCAGGAGCAACAGCAACUUCAGCAGAUGCAGCAGCAGAUGCAACAGAAUGUUUCACAGCCAGAAACAACACAACCUCAGGUUCAACCCAAAGUGCAGCAGCAAGCCCAAAAUUUUGGAGCUUAUCCACCUCCCGAGCCUCUUCCACCUGACUCUGGAGCUAAAGAAGAUGAUGCACAACCAAUGGAGCCGGAAUCAGAGCCUCAAACUGCCGACGCGUCACCAAUACCCGAUCUGUGCUCUGAAAAUGUUGCUACCACAAAUCCCGUAGAUUGUGUGGACUCAGCUUCCGCGGCCCCUCGACGCUCACGCCGCCUUUCCAGAGAGGGACAGUCCCCACUGGGUCCUCCUCCUGUAAACAUGUGGUCCCAAGCCUCCAAAGAGCCGCCGCCGCCCCAGAAUGGAGUAACAGGUGUCCCAGCUGCAAAGGGAGGGGAAAGCCAAGCAGCGACAGGAGGGGUUAUACACACCACCCGCAGGAGGAGGAGGGCUUCCAAAGAGAUCAACCUGGAAACUCUUGCUCAGAAGGCUUCAGAAAUGGAGUCCCUGCCUGCUAAAGCUGCCAAGGAGGUCGCCCCCUCCAACAUAGUGCCCCUGGUGAUCCCAGUGUCUGUGCCCGUGCACAAGAAUCAGGCAGAGUCUCAGGGUGGCUGGACUCAGGGUUGUGCUGGCCAGGUUGAGCGCACCGCAGGCCAGGCGGAUCGCAAACCCUCUGUGAUCGUGGCUCGGCGCCGUUCGCUCAGAAACUCUGUGACCGAGAGUCUUGGCCAGGAUGGGGAAAGUGAUUCGGGGAUGGAAGAAGAUGGGAAGACUAAGUUCAAGCGCCGGACUCGUCCCGAGCCCCUCAUCAUCCCUCUCCCCAAACCAUCCACCUUCAUCCCUCCGUCUGUCUACUCUAGCAUUACCCACUACCAGAGUAACUUGCGGUCUCCGGUCCGCCUGCCGGACAAUCUGCAUGCCCUGCCGCCAUACACGCCUCCUCCCAUCCUGUCGCCUGUCCGGGGAGGGACGGGGCUCUACUUCACCACCUUCCUCACCAACAUAGCCGUAAGCAACCAGAUCCUGCCCCCUCCGGCUACUCCAAAGUCUGGGACACGUAGCCUGCUGCGUUCCACGAGUUCAGAAAUCACACCUCCAGUCUUGCCCUUGAUCACUGAUGCCACACCCGUGUGCCUUGAACCCCGUAUCAAUAUUGGGCAGCAGUACCAAGCAGAAAUACCCAAUUUGCAAGAUCAGCCAUCCUCUCAGAUGGACCAGCAUAAAGCCGACUUGGUCUGGCAUCCUUUGACUAACUCCAACCAAAAACACGGCGACGAGGAGACCAAACAUUUGAUGAACCUGGCUUGUUCGAGUGUUUUUAGUGGAGGAGGAACCAAUCAGGAGCUGGUUUUACACUGUUUACAUGAAUGUGGAGGCAAUAUAUUUGAAACACUGGAGCGUUUGAUGCUUCAACACCCAAUUUUCCCCAAAGGCCAGCACCUGGCAGAUUAUCACUACUCAGGCUCUGACAGCUGGACGGCGGAGGAGAAGUGUUACUUCAACAAGGGGAUCACUGCCUACAGGAAGGACUUCUUCCUGGUGCAGAAACUGGUACAGACUAAGACUGUGGCUCAGUGCGUGGAGUUCUACUAUACGUACAAGAAGCAGGUGAAGGUUGGUCGAAACGGUAUCUUAACCUUCGGCCCUCCAGAUUCACCUGUGGAGAACCACUCUGAGGCUGUGGUGGAUGUUAAGAGCUCACAUCACCCAAAAUUAGUUCAAGGAGAGGCAGAAGAAGAGGAAAAAAAGGAAGAUCCUUCAUAUGAUAGCUACGAAAGCAAACAGCAGGCGAGGGUGGCUCAGUCACUACAGGCUCAUGACUAUGUAACAGGGACAGUUCUGGUCAUCAAAGAGCCAGACCCAGUGAGUAAGGAGGCUCAUCACUCAUCGGUGCCUCACAGGCCUCGGGCCGAAGCUGCCGUGAAGAAAACCAAAGCUCCAACGAAGCCACCGCAGGAUCCCAAUGAAGUGUUUCCAUGCAAGAAAUGUGGCAGGGUGUUUAAUAAAGUGAAGAGUCGAAGUGCCCACAUGAAAAGCCACGCUGAGCAGGAGAAGAAGGCCGCAGCUCUGCGGCUUAAAGAGGAGGAGGAGAAGGCAGCAGCUCAGGCUAGAGCCAGGAAGCUGGCUGCAGCAGCUAAAGCAGCGGCUCAUCAGGAAAGAGAGGGGGACAGAGCGGCACAGCAGGGAGAGGUCAGCAGCCAGGACGACUCAUCCGAAGGAGAGGACAACGAUGAUGAAGACUGGCACUGAUGGACAAAACAGGGAAAAGAACCUCAUGAGCAGGGGAAUGUUAUGCAAACAGGCUGCAGAGAUGAACAAAGAAAUAGGUGGAAGGGUUAAAAUACAAAGUGCUGCCUGCAAGGGGCAGAGUAAGCACAAAAGAGAUGUUUGCCAUGUCUUCCUGUUAAUCUCUACAUUUUUUUUUCUUUUUUUUACCAAAGCUGUCUCUAUUUGACCAUUUUCCUGCUUCACACCGUCACACUCCACACGCUCACAGAGGUAACAUUUAAAAACUCAGAGUUUAUUUUUUGUAAAAUGCACUUACACCACCACGUCUGUGCUUUUGCCAAUAUUGCCUUUUUAUAUCUUUUAUUUAAUUGCAAAUACAUGCAAUAAUUUUACAUUUUCAUUGUGUGAACAAAACACGAUGAGUUUAAUCUGUCCUUUAUUAUAUGAAGCCUUUUUGACUAAACAUUGAAGGGCUUGAAUGUAAAAACUGAAAUGGGCUCAAUUAAAAACCAAAAAUCCCAGAUUAUUAAGUUUGUUCUACACUUUAUUUUUAAAAUUUCUAUAAUGGACCUGAAAAAAAAAUGUACAAAUAACUAAAUAUUUAUGAUACAGCAUUUGCAAUGAUCAUGGUAAUAUAAAAAAUAAUCAUGUUGGCUUUAAUAUGGUAAAUUGAAAAUAUAUAUUAAAAUGUCUAUUGUUCUGAGAAGGG